GGGACACGGGCACGGAAGGGUCCUGAGGGACAGGGGGCAGGACAGGGAAGGGCAGAGGGCAGGGAGGUGCUGGGGCACCCCCGGAGCCCCGCGUCGUGAAGGAGGAGCUGGGCUGUCCCAGACCCUCGGGGACAGAAACGGGAUCCCAGUGAUACCGCCAUGGGGGGUCCCUGGCAGCCGCCUCGGCGCCGCUCGCUGCUGCUGCUGCUGCUGCUCCUCCCCACGCUCCAGGUGCAGGGGACUCAUCCCGACUGCUCCAUCGUCCUGCACUUCCAGGAGCUGGAGGAGGAAUGUCUGCAGAGGAUCCGGAGUGAGAGCCAUGGCCUGGGGCAGGCAGGGCAGGGCUGCCCGACCGAGUGGGACGGGGUCAGCUGCUGGCCCGCCCUGCCCCUUGGCCAGUCCCGAGGUGUCGCCUGUCCCGAGAUCCUGAGCGUCUUCAAGUCCAAAGGGCUGAUCCAGAGGAACUGCACCGAGUGGGGCUGGAGCCCCCCCAGCCCCCCCUACCACAGCGCCUGCCACCUGGAGACCCUUGGCAGCAACAACGACACCGAGGCCAAGAGAGGCCACUUUGUAACCAUGAAGGUGCUCUACACCUGUGGCUACUCCACGUCGCUGGCAGCGCUGCUCCUGGCCAUCAGCAUCUUCUGCUGUUUCAGGAAGUUGCACUGCACCAGGAAUUCCAUCCACAUCCACUUCUUCACCUCCUUCAUCCUGCGGGGCACAGCCGUGUUCAUCAAGGACCACGUGCUCUUCUCGGACGAGUCCCUCGACCACUGCACAAUGUCCACGGUGACCUGCAAAGCAGCCAUCACCUUCUUCCAGUACUCAGUGCUGGCCAACUUCUACUGGCUGCUGGUGGAGGGGCUGUACCUGCAGACGCUGCUGCUGCUCACCUUCACCUGCGACAGGAGCUACACCUGGGGCUAUGUCCUCAUGGGCUGGGGUGUCCCCAUGGUCACAGUCGGGGUGUGGGUGCUCACCAGGCUCCAGUACGACAACCACGGGUGCUGGGAUGACUACUCCAGUGUGUACUGGUGGGUGAUCAAAGCUCCCAUCCUCCUGGCCAUAUUUGUGAACUUCCUCAUCUUCCUCAACGUCACCAGGAUGCUGGCACAGAAGAUCCGGUGCCCAGACCUCAGCAGAACCCACAAGCAGCAGUACAUGAGGCUGACCAAGUCCACGCUGCUGCUCAUCCCCCUCUUCGGGGUGCACUACGUGGUGUUCGCGCUCUUCCCCGAGCACGUGGGCGUGGAUGCCCGUCUCUACUUCGAGCUGGUGCUUGGCUCCUACCAGGGCUUCCUGGUGGCUCUGCUGUACUGUUUCCUCAACGGGGAGGUGAGUGUGUGUCCCCACCCCAAACCCCAGGCGCCACAGUGGGCAUGGGGACACCCGGAGGGAGCCCCAAAGCCAGGGGUGGGCAGGGACAGCUCCUCCUCCCCUUGCCCCCAGUCCCCUCCGUUGGGUGCUCGGUGUCCCUGGGUGCCAGCACCACCCGUGCUGUUGGGGCAGGUCCAGGCUGAGAUCAGGAGGAACUGGGGCACCUGGCAAAGGUCCAUGGAGAGUAACGUCUUCAACCUGGCCACCCAGGACUUCACGGCGUGA